GAGUGUUCGUAUAAAUACUCGUUUGCGAUUGGAGGAUAUUUGUUGCGAGGCGCCAUCUGUGAAAAGAUAGCGUCGGCGCGCUAGAAGAGCCGGUUAGUCGGUUUCGAACCAUUGCCUCGAUCGUUUCUGCUUUUUCGCAUAAUUCCGAAUUAUCUUAUCGAUGUUAUUAUUUCCGUAAUUAAUUAAUUAUUCUUGUCAAUUAAUUAUCGCAAUUAUUCGAGUUAAGUGCGAAUGCGGAUAAAAACGUAGAAGAUUUAGGGGAAGAAGAAUAGGAACGAGAUGGAAAAGGACGGAGUUAUCGAAUUCGGUUCGUUCGAUUUCGUUUGAAUGAAAAAUGUCCUCGUGGUGAGCCGAUUAAGAGAGGGAGGUGAGAUGUUGGAAAGAUCUUCGCCAUGAGCGAGAGCCGGGUUUACACCGGUCCAGCCACGCUCGUAGCCGAACGUCAACCGUUCAGCAGGAAUGGGAAGGCACUCAGAGGUUCGAAAAAAAGUGUACUGUUUUAUACGACGGAUUGUGGUGACGAUAAAGACGAUCGCAGUGGUGUUAAAUUGGAACAACGAUCAGUCUCAUUGACCGCUCUACAUACCAAUACCGGUGCAACCCAGCAACAACUAUUGGAGCCGAGAAUGGCACAACUGGAGACCUUGGAAGCGAAGAUGGCGAGUAUCGAAGUAUCCCUUUCAACAACACCGAGAAGAAAGAAGGGUGGUAGUUUAGCAGGUGGGGUAACAUCAUCCCUCGGACACCGUAAUAAAGAUCAUUACAAAGAACUCGACGCCCUUCGUAUAGCCCUUCGCGAUAAGGAAAAUAUUAUACAGACGUUAAAGGGCCAAUUGUGCAAUAGCUUGAGCAACCGACUGGCAUUGCGAAAUGGUGCUGCACCACCCUUAACCGAGGCUGACAGAAAAGCAACCGAGGAAAGACUUCAAAGGUUGAAACGUGACGCUGACAACAAAAGAUUGGCUAUAAAAAAUCUCAAACUUGCUUUGGAACGUUUAGACAUAACCGAUAACAUCGACGUUCGCAUACAACAAGCAGAAUUGGAGUAUAGACUGGGUCGAGAAGAAUUGGAGCUUUUGACAUUACGCGAAGAGAGCAGGGCACUUCAAACGGCAUUGGAAUUGGCAGAAACCCAAGAGAAACGGAAAAAUGAUACCAUAUACAGUUGCAUUUCCGGGUCAACGCAAGUCACCGUGCAUGCCGUCGAAAUUAGUGCAGAUCCAAAGAGUCCUCGUUUCGGUGCUGGACCAAGAGACGAGAUGCCUGGGCUUUACGUUGAUUGGGCUGUCGAAGAUUCUGGUCUUUGCAAAGGUGACAGGAUACUCGAGGUGAACGGGAAACUUGUUGUAGGAGCCAGUAAAAACGAUUUGACGAGACUGUUAGCUGUUGCACCGGACGCGGCACAGAUCGUAGUAUUACGAAAAGGCGAAUCACUUGCUGCAUUACGUACACUUAGAUCCGAUAAUUUAAGACUAACACACAGAAUUGGAUAUCUCGAGGAACAAGUCAGAGAUCUAUUGGCACCAACCAGAACCGAAUUAACUUCAAAGGAUUUGUCAUUGGCUCCUCAAGAACACGUUCAGGUUUUUCAAAAGGGUCCUCAGGUGACCGCCCUAGUCGCUAAUUUAACCAAUCCCAAGGUUAGAAAUCCAACAGAUUUGAGACAAAGUUUACCAACCAUGCGAAGCAGACAAAGUGAUCACGGUAAAUCAUCACAUUUUGCUACUACGAGAAGUCCCAAAGAAAAUGAUUUCUUUUCCGACGGGGUUUCUUACGGUGGUCAUCAGAAGCCGAGAAAUCGGCAAAAACAUCAAGCUUUUCCAUUAGCCAGGUCCACGGUUAGUCUCGAUUGCAAACAAACGCAAUCUCAGUUGCAACGUAGAAGAUUGCCGACUACUAUGGAAUCGGGAAUGGAAAGUAGGAAAAGUCAACAAUUGCAGACGUUGGAAUUUGAUUCCGAACCUACUUAUUAUCGUCAGGAUUCCCAAUCGCGAGUAUCGGAAAAUUCGGAAAUUCUUAGCACGUACAGUUCGCAAGAAACUAAAAUCCGGCCGGCACCACCUAAAAAACCAUUGAGACUUUCCCUUCAUCGUGCGGCUAGUCUUCAGUCCGUUGAAAGUGCACCGCCUGCGGCAGCAACAACGACGACCCUUCACGAGGGCUCUCGUAAGUCGUCGAAGAGGAACCAUCGUGGUGAACCCUACUCCUCUUUGGAAAAGGGCUCGACGAUCGAAGGAAACCAAGAUGCAAACCACAGAAUACAGGAAAUGUUGCAACACGAUCUUUCUCAGCAACCGCCACCACCACCACUAACACCAAGGACACCUUCCAGAGCGGAAUCUUGCCAGAAUGCUUUGCGGUGGCCUUCGCCGAAACCGAGAUCGCAUUUGGCUUCUGUUUCCACGGAAAAGUGGUGUUGAAUGUGAAUUCAACUAAUUUCGAAUGAACGCAACUAGUCUCGAAACAAACUGCUAAAUAUUCGAGAUGAAUUUUUUUAUAUGUGGCUUCACACGCCUUCACAUAUUAUAUUUCGCUUAAGAUUUCUAAACAAAAAGUAGAAUAUAUAAAUUCAUCGAUUGUUGUAUAGAAUCAUGUGACGAAUAGUGAUAUUUUUUUAAUAUGUGCACGAAUAAUAAUACAAGAAUUUAAUUUAUAGAAUAUAA